AGGUGGAAGAUGACGAUGCUGCUGGUUUUGGCGGCGGUGCUUCUCACUGAUGGAGUCUCUGCAGCAAACACAGUGAACUCGGGGGUGAAGCGCUACCUGCCGCUGAACCUGGCUCUGAAGUCUGUAGACGACAUGUACGACGGCUGCAAAGACAAAAUGGACGAGGCGGUGAAGGGAUACCUGCAGAACCAGCUGGGACAGUUCAGAUCACAGUGGGACUGGGCGAUGAACCAGGAGCAGCAGGAGCCAGCCUCCUCCUCCCUGAAGAAGCAGGAGGCAGCCUCCUCCUCCUCCCUGAAGAAGGAGGAGGCUGGCUCCUCCUCCCUGAAGAAGGAGGAGGCUGCAGCUAUUCUCGUCUACACUUCUAGUCUGUAUGUCGACUUCAAUAAUGCCGUUCGGAGCCAGAAGUCUCAGUACAAGAAGUCGUUCCAGUACCACACGCUUCACUUCUACCUGACCAGCGCCAUCCAAGCUCUCCGCUCCCACAGACUCAGCUUCCUCCGUCCCGGGGACGACGGCUGUCUCAGCGUCUUCAGGAGGACCGACAGGGACUUUCGCCGAGACGUAGUCAACAAAAACGUUCGCUUCGGCUCCUUCGCCUCGUCCUCACUGGACACCAGCCAGGUCAGUUUUGGAGACAGCUCGUGCUUCGAGGUGGUCACGUGCCUGGGAGCAGACAUCUCCAUGUUCUCCAUGUUUCCACAGGAGAGAGAAGUGCUGAUUCCUCCUUACGAGGUCUUCAAAGUGGUCCAGAUAAAGAAGAGAUCUCAGCAGCCAGACCUUCCAUGUGAGGUGGUCUACACGCUGAGCAGCACCAAGAAGCCUGUGUCCAAGCUGAACUGUGCUCUCUUUAAAAAAAAGAAACAACUCUCAAGUGUUAGACACGGUUAACAUGUCAGAUAAUAAUAAUAAUUAUCUCAUAAUAAUGAGAUAAUAUUUCAUCAUUUCAAGAACAGCAAAUUGUCUUUAAUCAGUAU